AAAGAAAGCCCAGCACUAACAUCCACUCCUCCAAAGGAUAGACAUAUUCAACAGUGCUGCAACCGCACCCCGUCAUCAGCCUGUCAAACAACAAAUCAAUUGAAGCACUUCGUCACGGAGAGCGAAUACAAAGAAAAGCGACCAAAAGAAACUAACAGCCAUGAAUCUUGAGCCCCCCAAACCAGAUAUGAAGUCAGCCACCCGUGUCACCGGUGGCCCUGCAACGCCACGCAAAGGACCGCCCAAGUUCAAGCAGAGGCAGACUCGUCAGUUCAAGAGCAAGCCACCAAAGAAGGGUGUGCAAGGUUUCGGAGAUGAUAUCCCUGGCAUGGAAGGUUUAGGCACUGAUAUCACAGUCAUCUGCCCCUGGGAGGCUUUCAAUCAUCUGGAACUUCACGAGUUGGCUCAGUAUGGUAUCAUCUGAGCCACCACCAUCCUAUCAUCAUCUGUGAAAUUUAGACCCCUUCCUGUCAUGUGCUAUAAACCACCUGCCAUCGUCUCCAAGUGGACCAUUCCUACUUUUAUAACAGAAUAAACACAGAAAACUGCAACAUUUAUAAAAAUAGAAAAACAAGGAAAAACACUCAACAAAAAAUAUCAGUCUGACUUUACAUCCUUCUGGUUUCACUUCUUUCUUGCAGGCAGAGUACAUUUUCCACAUCUGCUUUAUACUAGGACAAAAACACAUCUGUAUUUUGCUCAGUAUUCUGUCAGGUUGGGUUUCGUUUUUAAAGGCGCACUGCUGCUCUUAUCUUUUCUGUGCACUAUUUUUCUUUUUCCCACUCUUCCUCCCUCUUUUCUUUUGAAACACCAAACAAGUAAAACAGCCUCAGAGUGAGCAAAAACAAGUGUUAUACCCGUGAAAUGUCCGGCUUCUCGUUUCACGUGCCUCGGUGCUUCCCCUGUCCACCUUCGCCGAGAUCAUAAAAGAAGAUCAAAGUCCUGUAGAGAUGAGACACCCUGCCGACCAACACUGAGAGUAAUUUGGCUGAGAUGCUGCACUUACAGUAGAACAAUCCCCAAAUCUGUAACUCCAUUUACUAUACAAUAACACCCAAUUUCAACAACUGCAGAUCCUUAAAGAAGUUUCAGCCUUUCUACCAUCAUAUACUUUUUAUUUUCUGUGCAUUGUGUGUAACCUUAAUGACAUGCUCUGGAAAAGAAAUGCUUGAUUUGAUUAUUAUUAUUUUUUUGUUAAUACCAUUUUGGUCAAGCACACUGUUGUUGGGCAGAAAUCACACCCUGGAUUAUGAUUAUGAUUGUAACACUAGCAUUCAUUUAAAGUUACAUUUCUCAGUAACAGUAAAUGUAUCAGGUUUGGUUAGGAAGCAGUAUUGGGCUGUCAUGUGGAUGUCUUUUUUCUCUUUCAUGAUCAUUUAGUGCUAUUUGAUCCUUCAUCAUCAACAUCGUCAUUAUCAUCAUAUCUCAUUAGCAUUAUGUCAUCAUCAUGUCCCUCUUUAGUUUUACUAGUGUUAUUUAUAUCAAAUAUAUUAUUUUUUCCAUUUGUAUAUUUAAUUGUAUAAUGUUGUCGAUUAUAAUUUUAUAAAUAGCUUCAUUUAAAUGUCCUGUAUCUUUCAUAGAUUUAUUUUGGAUUUAAUUUUGAGCCAUUAAUAUGGCUGUUUCUUCUUAUUUUCUUUCGCUUUAUUAACAUUGUGUUGAGCUUGUGUUUACGUUUUUGUUUUUUGCAUGCUCUUUUUUAAGGCUCUUGUGUUUGUUUAGUCAUUCAUUCAAUCAUCCAUCCAUCCAUCAUCCAUCCAUCCAUCAUCCAUCCAUCCAUCCAUCCAUCCAUCCAUCCAUCCAUCCAUCCAUCCAUCAUCCAUCCAUCCAUCCAUCCAUCCAUCCAUCCAUCCAUCCAUCCAUCCAUCCAUCCAUCCAUCAUCCAUCCAU